AACGUAUCACGCUCGCGGAGGUUAGUCAACGGCUGGAAGGCGGUUGUCGUUACAAGUCGCAGUGGUGGAAAGGACGAGGAGAACCUGUGAAAGUAUCUCCAUUAAAACGGAAUUAUCUCGCAUUACGCGGAGCGUAGGAGAGACCAUGCGAGUCGACAUGCUGCGCCUAAUUUCGGUAGCAGCUUUAAUCAUAGCUUUGGUAGUAGCCGAAUCAACGAAUAAUGAUGCCACCACUACUGAAAAUCCACAAUCCGUCGAUGAUAUUUUAAAAGUCCGCCGUUUCUUAAAAAAAGCCGAUGCGGAGCUAGAAGAAUGGUAUAACGAACAAAGCAUUGUAGGAUGGAAUUACGCCUCAAACUUAACAGAGGAGAAUCUGGCCACGAAACUGAACGUGUCUGUGGCAAUGACAAAUGUCCUGAAAAAUAUUUCUAAGGAAUCUCUUGAAUUCCUGUCGAUAGAUAUAGAGGAAGAGGACAUCAAGAGGCAGAUUCAGAAGCUCGCUACACUUGGUGCUCCAAUGCUCUCUGAAGAGAUGCAGAAGGAGUUCGAGGCGACGAUCAGUCAGAUGGAAAACAUCUAUAGCACUGCGAAGAUCUGCGACUAUGAGAAUAGGACCAAGUGUGAUCUCGCGCUCGAGCCGGAGAUCACUGAAAUCUUGAUGUAUAGUCGCAAUCCUGAGGAGCUGAAACAUAUCUGGGUGGAAUGGAGGAAAGUAUCCGGCGAGAAAGUUAAGUCUUUAUACUCCAGGUACGUCGAACUGGCCAAUGACAUGGCGAAGCUCUAUAACUUCUCCGACUAUGCCGCGUACUGGAUGAAAGACUACGAGACCGAUAAUUUCCCCGAGCAAAUCGAGACUCUUUGGCAACAGCUGAAGCCGCUGUAUCUGCAACUGCACGCUUACGUGCGACGUGAGCUCAGGAAGAAGUACGGUGAGGACAUCGUCUCUAAGGACGGCCCAAUUCCGGCGCAUCUUUUAGGCAAUAUGUGGGCUCAGUCUUGGGCGAAUAUCGCGGACUUUACCAUACCUUUUCCGGGCAAGCAGUUGCCGGAUGUUAGCAACGCUCUGGUCGAACAAGGUUACAACACGACGAGCAUCUUCCGUCUCGCCGAGAGCUUCUUCACGUCAAUCAACUUGACCGCCAUGCCGGAUUUAUUUUGGGAGAAGUCGAUUCUAACAAAACAAGAGGAUGUGGAUAUGAUCUGUCACGCGAGCGCAUGGGACUUUUAUGAUGGCAAGGACUUUAGGAUCAAGCAAUGCACGCGCAUCAACAUGGAAGAUCUGCUUACGGCGCACCACGAAAUGGGCCACAUUGAGUAUUAUCUGCAAUACAAGGACCAGCCGACUAUCUUCAAGCAGGGUGCAAAUCCUGGUUUCCAUGAAGCGGUCGGAGAUGUCAUCGCUCUUAGCGCGUCGAAUCCUAGCCAUCUUAAGAAAAUCGGUUUACUGCAAGAUGACUCGACUGAUCCAGAAGCAGUGCUGAAUAAUCUGUACGUAAAAAGUCUCGAGAAGAUCGCUUUCCUACCGUUCGCUUAUAUGUUGGAUCGAUGGCGAUGGAACGUAUUUCAAGGAAAGGUCACGCCUGACAACUACAAUUGUGACUGGUGGUCUCUCGCAGAGGAGUAUCAAGGCAUAGAACCACCGGUGGACAGAUCCGAAGAAGAUUUCGAUCCCGGCUCAAAGUACCAUGUGGUCGCCGAUGUUGAAUAUAUCAGAUAUUACGUGAGCUUCGUGAUACAAUUCCAAUUCCACAAGGCGCUGUGUACCGAGGCGAAGCAGUACGAUCCGAAGAAUCCAGAAGCUAAGCCGUUACAUCAGUGUGAUAUUUAUGAAAAUAAGGAUGCGGGAAAUCUUCUGAAGUCUAUGUUGGAACUGGGCUUUUCGAAACCAUGGCCAGACGCGAUGGAAAAGAUUACGAAGCAGAGACAAAUGGAUUCGGCCGGACUGCUAGAAUAUUUCAAGCCGUUGAUCGAUUGGCUAACCGAAGAAAAUAAGAAAACUAACGAAUAUAUCGGAUGGACGCCCAGUAAUAAAAAAUGCGUACAAACUAGAGGAGAGCUUCGAGUUAUCGAAGAACCUACGGAAUAACAUUCCCCGCAGGGUAAAAUAAUUUCUGUUUUCUUCGAUUGGAAGAUAAUUGUGUAUCGAUAUGUAAAAUAAAUCUGAUAGAUAACAUACAAAUGAUCCUUUUUCUGUACUUUUAGGAUCAUACAAAUAUCGCUCAGGUAUAAAUUAUGACACGCACAAAUGUGUUAAUGAGGCGUUAAAUAUGUUUUACCUUUUCUAAAUAAAAUUACAUUCCAUUUUA